CAGUACGUCAGUACAAUUUUAGAUCUCGAGCGAGCGAGUUCGGCCGGAACACACUGACCGAUACAACCGAUGAAAGCCGUAUUUGUUGGGAAGUAACGCGGACUCCGAUUGCCCAAGGAAAACCCAUUUUUUGUCGCAGUGCAGCAGAGGAUCAUGUACAUUUACCCGAGCUCCCCGGAAUCAGCAUCGUCCUUGCAGUCCGAAGAGAGUGCGGCCAUCAAGAUCCAGGCCGGAUUCCGUGGCUAUCGCGUGCGCAAAGAAAUCCACCGAUCCAGCAAGUCAGCGAAUCCUCGCCAAUCGAAUCCUCAUACCAGGAGAAGCCAACGCCAGCGUCCCAAGAACAACGCACUCAUGGAAAACCAGGCCAAUACGGGUAAACCCCACCCCACUGCCGACGAUCCGCAGGCCGAAAAUGGUGGCAAAUCCGUGGAGGAUCGCUGUGCCACCAAGAUUCAGGCAGGAUUCCGGGGAUUCCUGGUGCGGAAGAAGCAGAAAAUCGCCACCGAUGCCGCUGUGAAAAUUCAGGCUGGCUUUCGGGGAUUCAAAACACGCAAGGAGCUGAAACAAUGCGAACCCAUUGUGUAAUGCUCUUAUGCGUUGUUCCACAAUUCUGAUUUCUACUGUACAUACAAAUAUGUGUAUUCAAAACCUACCAUUUAGUUCAAUACGUGUCGUGUAAAUAGUUUAAUAUUAACUUAUAGCUUCCAGAAGAAUAAAAUACUCUUACUCAAGAAACCGCAAUCUUGAAAGACAACAUUAUCCAUUAACGAUAUGAAUUUGUUUGUGUUUUCCGUAGGCCUAUUUUUGGUAAACAGUGCUGUAUGUAUACGCUGCUAGUACAGUGAAUAAACAUUUCAUUUAUCGAACAUA